UCAGCAGAGGCAUGAAUGAGCAGAGCGAGAAGUUUCCCACCAGCUCCCAUUGAGCUUUUCCGUCCCGUGGCAGCUGGGCUUGGUUGGGUUGGCUCGCGUGAGUCAACUCUCCGGGAAGGGGGAACGCGGGAGGCAGCGGCGGCGGUGGGACCAGCCUACUACGACAUGGGCAGCCUGCCGGGGCUCAGCGGGACCCUCCUGGUGCUCCUGCUCCAGACGCUCCGGACCUCCCAGAGCCACGAAGUCGUCCUGCUGGAUUUUGCCAAGGCUCAGGGGGAUCUCGGAUGGCUCAAUCAUCCCUAUGGAAAAGGGUGGGAUCUUCUUCAGAACGUCAUGAACGAAUCCCUCAUCUACAUUUACUCAGUCUGCAACGUGCAGGAAGGCGAUCAGGAUAACUGGCUGAGGACCAACUGGAUCUACCGAGGGGAAGCCCAGCGUAUCUUCAUUGAAAUCCAAUUCACCGUCCGGGAUUGCAACACCUUUUCCCCUGGGACAGGCACCUGCAAGGAGACUUUCAACCUCUUCUACGCGGAGUCGGACGUCGACUACGGCAUCAAUUUCCAGAAGCGCCAGUUCCAAAAGAUUGCCACGAUCGCCCCCGACGAGAUCACCUUGUUGGAAGACUUCACCACCCGCAACGUGAAGAUCAACGUGGAGGUGCGAUCGGUCGGGCCCCUCACCCGGAAGGGCUUCUACGUGGCCUUCCAGGACAUCGGAGCCUGCGUGGCACUGCUCUCCGUCCGAAUCUACUACAAGAAGUGUCCCGGCGUCUUCCGCAAUAUGGCCAGCUUCCCGGAAACCAUUGCCGGGGCCGAUUCGCAAGUCCUGGCCAAGGUACCUGGCACUUGUGUUGCAGAGGCCGUGGCCACCGAGGAACCCUUCAUGCACUGCAACUCAGACGGAGAGUGGCUGGUGCCUAUUGGCGAGUGCCUUUGCCGAGAAGGGUACGAAAAAGACGGGGACAGCUGCAGAGCUUGCUCGCCUGGAUUCUUUAAACAAGAUGUCUCCAACAGCGCUUGCUCGAAGUGUCCCGCGCACACGCUGCCUUCUUCGGAAGGCUCCACUUUGUGUCCAUGUGAGGAAGGCUACUUCCGGGCUCCAAGUGAUCCGGUUUCCAUGUCGUGCACAAAGCCCCCUACUGCUCCUCAGGGGGUGACAGCAAUCGGUCUGGGUGCUAAAGUCCAGCUGCGCUGGUCACCGCCUAAGAACACGGGUGGACGCCAAGAUGUCACCUACCGAGUGUCGUGCGAACAGUGCUGGCCAGACUCGGGGGACUGCCGGUCUUGUGACGCCACUCUCCGAUAUUCAGAAAAUCCGCACAAACUCACCGGCACGUCUUUGACGAUUAGUGAUCUGGAGCCUCACGUGAAUUACACUUUCACCGUAGAAGCUCAUAAUGGAGUAUCCUCCUUCAGUACCCAACGCAGCUACGGAGUCACUAGCAUCAGCGUCAAUCAGACAGAACCACCAAGAGUAACUUCAGUGACUAUGGACAGUCGCACCACUACUAGCUUAACGUUAUCUUGGACCGUCCCUCCUCGCCAACAGAGUCACGUUUGGAAAUACCAAGUUACUUACAAGAAGAAGAAGGAUGAAAACAGUUACUCCGUCCUGCGCUCUGAAGGAAACUCAGUCACCCUCCAUAAGCUGACUCCUAAGACCAAGUAUCUGGUGAGCGUCCAGGCGCUGACUCAGGAGGGCCACGGCACUCACAGCAUGGAGCACGAGUUUGAGACGCUCCCUGAAAAUCCAGAGGGUGUGAAUACUGCUGCGGUCCUCGGAGGAUCCAUUGCUGGCUCCAUCUUCAUGCUUGCUCUCAUCGUGAUGAUUUUUCUCUUCAUGCGACAGAGGAAAAAGAAUUUGCGGACCAGACAGACUUCGGAAGAUGUUUACUUUUCCAAAUCUGAUCAGCUCAAACCCCUGAAGACGUAUGUGGAUCCCCACACCUACGAAGACCCCAAUCAGGCGGUCCUGAAGUUCACCACCGAGAUCCACCCUUCCAGCAUUUCCCGACAUAAAGUGAUCGGAGCAGGAGAAUUUGGUGAGGUUUACAAAGGAAUUCUGAAAAGCGGGAAGAAGGAGAGCCCCGUGGCCAUAAAGACGCUGAAAUCCGGUUACACCGAAAAACAACGCAUUGACUUUUUGAGUGAGGCGAGCAUCAUGGGGCAAUUCUGCCACCACAACAUCAUUCAUUUGGAAGGAGUUGUCUCCAAAUAUAAACCUUUCAUGAUCAUCACCGAAUACAUGGAGAACGGUGCCCUGGAUAAAUUCCUGCGGGAAAAAGACGGGGAGUUUUGUGUCAUCCAGUUGGUAGGCAUGUUGAGAGGAAUCGCUUCCGGAAUGAAAUAUUUGGCCAGCAUGAACUACGUCCAUCGGGAUCUGGCCGCUCGCAAUAUCCUCGUGGACAGCCAGCUGGUCUGCAAAGUCUCCGAUUUUGGUCUAUCCCGUGUUCUGGAGGAUGAUCCCGAUGCUACUUAUACCACCAGCGGCGGGAAAAUCCCCAUCCGAUGGACGGCACCUGAGGCCAUCUCUCAUCGCAAAUUCACUUCUGCCAGUGACGUCUGGAGCUACGGAAUCGUCAUGUGGGAAGUGAUGUCCUAUGGUGAUCGGCCAUACUGGGAGCUCUCCAAUCAUGAGGUAAUGAAAGCAAUUAACGAGGGCUUUCGACUCCCUGCCCCCCUGGAGUGUCCUUCUGCCAUCUACCAGCUGAUGAUGCGAUGCUGGCAACAAGAGAGAAGCCAGCGACCUAAAUUCACGGAUAUUGUUAGCAUCCUGGACAAGCUGAUCCGCGCUCCUGAGUCACUCAAGACUUUGGCAGAGUUUGACCCUCGGAUUUCCAUCCGUUUACCCAGCACCAGCGGCUCAGAGGGGGUUCCUUUCCGAACUGUGGCAGAGUGGCUGGAGUCCAUCAAAAUGCACCAGUACACAGAGCACUUCCUAGAGGCUGGGUAUAACGUCAUUGAGAAGGUGGUGCAGAUGACCAACGAGGACAUCAAGAGAAUUGGCGUGCGUCUACCAGGACACCAGAAGCGAAUUGCCUACAGCCUUCUAGGACUGAAAGAACAAGUGUCCACCAUUGGCAUUCCAAUUUGAGCCGGAGAAAUGGUAUCCGGUAUGGGUAGCUCAGUUGCCCCUCGGCGGCUACCCGUUCUUUGCUUGCUCAGCCUAGAACCAUUCGCAAAACAAGACUUCCUGGUAUAUACUUGAAGUGGAGCAUCGACGUUGACCUCUCCUCGUCAAAGAUGCCGGCAGUUUAAGUGCCCCCCCUCGCUUCACAGCCUCGUAUUUAUUGCCUGUUUUUCUGAUGAAUCGGUUGAAAUCGCCAGUGUGCCAUUUCAUGAAGUGUCCAGGAUGGUGCCUUACUUCCUCAAACCUGCCAAGCCUGACGAGUCUUGCCUGGAAAGACCCUCGGGCUACUGAAUGUUUAUAAACCCCUCCCGCUCCCACACACCCCUUCUUCCAUCUCCUUUCUCCAUUAUGCCUCCGAAAUCCUUGACGACUGCAAUUUGAGAUCGUCGGCGUGCCACACUCCUUUCCUGAGUUUGUUUGUUUUUCUAAAACAAAAGCCUGCUCCUCCUUUUCACAUUCAAAUAUCCUAGGGCAGUGAUGGCUAACCUUUUUGCCAUUACGUGCCAAAAGCGGGGGAGUGCACGCGUGCCCACACGCAUAAUUCUAUGUGCCACACCCCCAUAUGCAUGCGCGCGUGCCCCCCCCCCCCCCCCGCUUUUGGCACACAAUGACACGGUGGGCCCGGUAGGCCCGUUUUUCACCCUCCCCAGGCCCCAGAGGCUUUCUAGGAGCCUGGGGAGGGCGAAAACGGCCUCCCCCCCCCCAGAGGCCCUCCGGAGGCCAGAAACAGCCCGUUUGCCUUUGCCGACUUCAUUUCCGGCCUCUGGGGGGGUAGGGAAGGCUGUUUUUGCCCUCCCCAGGCUCCUAGAAAGGCUCUGGAGCCUGGGGAGAGCGAAAAACGGGCCUUCCUCACCCACCCCCGGAGGCCCUCUAGAGGCCGGAAACAGCCUGUUUCCCGACUUCUGGUGGGCCCAGAAGGCCCGAAAAUCAGGCACCAGAGCUAAGCUCAGGUGCCCACCGAUGUGGUUCCGCAUGCCACAGAUUCGCCAUCACGGCACUAGGGUCUUUUUCUUUGACAUUAAAAGUGGAGGAGUCUAUAAUUAUAGCUUAUAUAAGAAGCUAGGCUUUAGUUUUAAUUCGAUUAGCACCAGGCACAUUUAGAAGGACUGUUGCAUGUUCUGUUCUUAAUUUAUGCUGCUCUUUGGGCAUCGAAGAGUUUUUCUUCAAUAUUUUUUACUCUCUUAUUCUUGAAUGAACCUAAUCUGGCACUUCCAAGAGGCUUUACACAGACUCUGCUCAAGCCUCACCUUAACGGUGGUUUGCCAAGAGUAAUCCAGAGACCAACUCUUCCGCAAGUCAGCUUAUUGUUAUUUAUUCACCCUUCCUUCCAAACUGCUUCGUAAAUGCACUCUUGACUUCUGGACAGUUAUUCUUCCUUCAUAACAAUAUUUCAUUAUUAAUGUUAAUUUAUUUUUAUAUUUAUUACUUUUUUUAAAAAAAAAGAAAAAAGAACUGUUUCAAUAUUAAACAUGCCUAUUUUUUUUAAAAAAAGAAUUUUACUUUUGUUUGGGCAUAAAAUAAUUCUCUAGCUUAAAUAAAAUGUUUUUAUUCUUU